UCAUAAAUUCGUCUGGUACUUUUGACAGAUAAUGACAAUUCGGUAUUUUUAUGACAUUCUGAAUGUUCGAUUAGCUUUUUCUCAUCAAAUUACAUUAAGUUUACGCGAAUGGAAUUUUUUUUUUUAGAAAUGUACUGUGAUUCGUGACACGUGAAAAAGAAAUAUAAUUUAUUACAUAUUUAAAAAACAAAUUACCCCGGCGAAUUUACAUAAUAAUAGUGUUGCAUAUUGUCAAAAAGAAAAAAAACCAAUAUUUCAAUUUAUAUUACUUUAAAGAGUAUAUAAUAGCUAAUCGACAAUGUUUUAGAUAUUUUUAAUUAUAAUGAUGACAUAACGGAUAAUUUUAAAAGACACUUGUGCCUAGUAUUUUCUAAAAUUUUUGUGUUUUAAUGCUGUGAUAGUAUUGUAUUUUUCCAUAUAUAUAUAUAUUAAAAAGAAGAAGAAAAAAAUCUCAACAUCAUGGCAUCAGCAGCUGAACAACCGCAGCAGACUACCCUGAAUUUUUAUCAGGCGAUGGCAGACUUUAAAAUUAUGUUCCCUGAAAUGGAUGAUGAUGUAAUUGAGGCAGUAUUACGCUCGAAUCAGGGGGCAGUCGAUACAACGAUUGACCAGUUGUUAUCAAUGAGUACAGAUAAUGAGAAUGAAAAGAUUCGCAGUGAAUUGGAACAAGACGAUGAGGUGCCCGGUGCAAAGGCCGUGAAAACGAUAAAAUCCGACGCCUCGAGUCGAUCGAAAAGCAUUCAAAAGUGGAAACCACCAUUAUUGGGACCAUUGCCAGAAACAUUUCUUCGUAUUCCACAACAAAUAAUUGAGGGUACUGAAGAAUUGGCACUUGAUAAUUCAUUGCUUGAAGACGAAAGAAUUGCCAUGUUUUUACAAAAUGAAGAAUUUAUGGCUGAAUUACGUUGGAACGAAGACUUUUUAUCUACCCUAGAGAAUGAUACAAAAUUACAAGGCACAAAAUGUGGAACCACUGCUGGUCAUGAGGAUGAGGAUUUGUUUAAGGAAAGAUUACGAAACAUGGGAAAAGUUUCCCGUCGCAAAUUUGCACAAUUAACGAAAGUUUUUACACGAAGCAAGAAACGAGGUGGUCGUCAGUUAUUGCCACCAACAGCAUCAUGCGAUGAUCUUUUGGAUCCCGAAGAAUCGUCCAGACCUCGAACUUAAGACUUGAAUAAAUUUGAAAUUCAUUCAUUUUUUUUUUUUUAGUGCCAUUCGUCGACGGGAUGGUGAAACCAAUUUUUUGAUUUUUCAACAAUCAUAAUUCCCGUUGUUUUCAACUUUGUGAUUUUUUUUUUCUGUUUGAAGAGCUUUAAAUGUGUUUAGGUAAGUUAAACAAAUUUUUAGAAAAUGGUUAAGGGGGUUUUUUUUUAUUGUUUUAUUUACAUAUAUAUUUAUUUGAAAUUUUUUUUUUUUAAUAUUUGAAAAACAUUUUUAAAUUGUAUGUGCAUUUUCCAUGACAUUUAAUAUUAUGGAGAAGAUAAAUUUUAUUGAUCAAUUAUUAACUGACUGAUUUUUUUUAAGAUUUAAAAAAUUUUUUAACUUGUUUUAUUUUUACGUGUAUAUCUGUAAGUUUUUAAAAGAUCUGUUUUUUUUCUUUCUUGAAAAAAAGACAUAUUACAUAUGUAUAAAUAUAUAUGAUCUCUAGAUUUAAAAAAUGAAAGGCUAAUAAAUAGGAAAGUUGCGUUUUGAAAGAAAUUUUAACUCGUAUGAAUAUUAUUAGGAGAAAAGGGAUGGGAGCACCAGUAAAAUAAAAAAAAAAAUUUUUACAUUUAUAAUUUUUCAAUAAUCUCUAUUUCUAAUUAGAAUGAAAUUUAAAAAACAUAUAUAUUUAACAUUGAAAAUUGAUUUAAAUUGAAAAUUUUAAUGCUAAUUAUUGCGAAUUUCGAUGAAUUUAAAUUUCAUGGGUGCUUCCUAGUUAUAAUUAAAAUUAAGAGAAAUAAAAUUUUAGCGAAACAAAAAGUGUUGAGACUAAAAAAUGAUUCCAAAAAAAAAGGGCUUUGAUUUAGAUUUUUAGAAAAUGAAAACAACCUAGUCAACGAGUGUCUGUAGCUAAUUAUUGUUUUCGUUCACAAUUUAUAAAAGCGCAACGAAAAAAUUUUUGUAAUUUUUAUUUUUUUUUUCAAUUAUUUUCUAUUUUAAAAGUAGUACAGGGUUUUAAUUCUUAAGUCGUUGCAAAAAAAAAAAAAAAAAAAAAAAAACGAGGAAAUAACCACUUUAAAAAUUUCCAUGAUUUGCAAAAUUCACGUCUAAAAUAAAAUAAUUGAAAUACAAAAUUUUAACAAUUGAAAAAUGAUAAAAAAAUAAAUAAAAUUAAAAAAACAUAUCGUUACACCGAACAUUUUUUACAUCUUAGAAUUUUUAAAAAGUGGUUAAUCCUUCGAGAAUCAGUUUUUAAAAUAAUAUCCCAGUGGCAUAUUACCUGUUAAUGUAGAAAUAUUUACACGAAUCAUAUUGGUAUAUAGAUAUUUAUAUAUUAUAGGUAUAAUAAUAGAAUUACGUAGAUAUAUGCAAAAAAAAGACAACUUUUUACAAAUAAUAUUAUAAUUUUCCAUAUUUCAAUUCUCAAAUUAUUAAAACAAAAAAAAAAAUUUUAUUUUGUUGAUAAUUUUAUUUUUGUUUCAAAUAUUAUUUUGUAAGACUGGUAAAACGUAAAAAAAAUCAUAAAAGAUAAUUAUCUAAACAAAAAAAAAUUUGUAAGAGAAAAUGUUUUAAUUUUCCUUUUGAAAAUACAUAAUUUUUUUUUUUCGUAUCGUCCUGUUGUAAAGAAGCGAUCGUAAAAAAAACAAUAGAAUGUGAUAGUAUUUAAGAAUAAAAUAACAAAAAAACGGGAUAGUAAAUAAAAACUAUCUAGAAGUAAUUGUGAUUUAUAAAAUAUAAUAUAAUAAUAAUAAUAAUAAUCAGUUUACAAGGUUUACAUAUUGUUAUCGUAAACACAAUUAUAUCGCAUCGAGAAUAUAAAAAAAUAAACUGAAACUGAAACAGUUCAAAAUUUGUUAUUUCUUUAUUGAAAUA